CAGUGAAGCAGGAAGAGAAAGCCCGUGAUAGCAGCAGCAGCAGGAAGAGGGAGGGAAAUGUGACUUUCCAGGCAAAAGUGGCGAGCCCUAGUGGAGAAGGAAGGCGAUGGAAAGGUGACCUUACAGGCAAAAGUGGCAAGCUGCGAGCAAGGCAGGAAGAAAGCUGUGUGUUGCAGUGGAGCAGGAGGGGGCUUGUAUGGAGCUGUACUGUGAAAGAGCAGAAGACUGAGAAGCAGCAGAAGUGCGUUUCUGAAUCCAGUGGUAGCCUAUUCCAGGCUGAUGUCACCUGCACACCUUCAAGAACCAGGAGGCGAAGAGCUGCAGAUAAACCCAAACACAUGUCAUUGCCAUCUUCAUCUGACUCCUCCGACUUUGAACCAGUACCCAAAUAUCUCCCUCUCAAAAAGAUCCUUGAGCAGUUUAGGAAAAAGAAAAAGAAACAGAAGAAAAAAAGACAAAGGUAUAGAAAGUAUUUAGUGACAGAAAAGAAACCCCACAAACCCCCAGCAAAAAAGAUCACUAUAACUUUGCAAGAAAAGCAUCGUCGACUUAGAGAAAGAAGCAUUACGUUCCCUUUUACUGGUCAAAAAUAUUUGCAGUUUAAAAGGUAUCUUCCUUAUGAGCAAUCUGUUUUUAGUGGAUUUCUGAGGUAUACUGAAAAACUUAAGUAUGAUCGACAUCUGCAAAAUUCGUUAAAGAUUAUGGAUUUAGGUGAAGAUUUGGAGAAUGAAAGUUCAGAAAUGCGUAAAUAUGGGUACCUGGAUGACGAUGGACCUAUUUCACCUAUCGUUGAGCAGAAUGAGAAUACGAAUACUAAUAAUGACGAAGAUCAUUCUAAUUAUGAUGCAAAAAUUGUGGAAAAUAACUCGUUUAUAUUAAAGUGCACUGUGCCAAGCAAGGGGAAAUGGUGCAUUAAAAAGAAGAAAACAAAUACAUUGAAUGCUAAACCAAAGAACCUCAAUUUACAGGAAGAUGGACAAGUCUGAAUCAGAAAAAUUAAAUUUUUUCAGGGAUGUGAAGAGAGCACAUUGGAGGCCCUUGGACCCUCUUGGAAAAAAAGGGUUGAAGCAAAGCAAAUUGUUCAAAAUUAAGUAAUCUAUUUUAAUACUACCUUAAUCAUUCAAAUAAAAAUUCAGGAAUAUUUUUUCAUUUUAUUUUUGAAUUCAGCAGAAUACUGAAUGCUCAAAAAAGAUUUGGUUGAAAACUAAGCAUAACCCUCAUUUGUAUAUUCAAAUUUGAGAAAAAUUCAAUUUGUAUAAUGAUUGUAAUGUUCAGCAGUGAAGUCAUAUGUUUCAUUUAGUCCUUACUUAAUCAUCAUGUUAUAAAAGUGCAUGUGGAUAUUUUGGUUUUUCCAUAUAUUUGCAUACAAUUAGGUUUAAGUCACACAACACAUUUUGUUCUCUGCAGCAUUUUCAGGAAAAGGUCAGUCACAGGGACAGAAUUACCAAAAUUAUUGUGGCAUAAUCCUGGGAAUGUACUUCCUUUAAUUCUUUUCCAAAGAUGCAUACCUUCAUUAGCUUUAUCAAUAUUCACAGACCUUGCAAACUCACCAUAGCUCACAAUAUAGUCACCUAAAAGUAACCGGUGAAUAUUUCAGGUAUUGUGUUCUGAAAAAAUGUGAUGGUCAAACCCUUAUUGUUUUAAUACACAUUGUCAUUGCAUCGUUUUUGUAUGCUUAACAUUCAUGCUUUGUAAUAUAGCUUUUUAAGAACAAGUAUGUUUAUAUAGUUUUUUUGGCAAAAAAAUAAAUUCUAUUUUUAGAAUUA